AUGUGGAUGUUGAGGGGCCGUUCAGUCAAGGACGAUUCCCACUUAGGCCAAGGCUUGGGGAUGAGUGCGGGAUAACAAGAGCGGAGCGGGUUUCCACGGGCUGGAGGGUUGGCCGAAGAGGGGAGCGCCUGCAGUUGAGUUUUUGAAAACUGCAGUUUCUAAUAUGCCUGGCGCAAGCCCCAGAAUUGGAGGAAGCCUAAUGCGGGGACCGGGAAACCCAACAAGGCGAGAUGUACUCUGUGCCAUCCCAAACACUCACCGAGAUUCUCCAGUUUUUGACCUCAGGGCCUGCCUUUUGUGUCUGAAGGCAUCAGAAUGAAGGUUGGGUCUUGGCCAGGGUACUUCUGCCCCAGCGAGCGGUGCUUCUCUCCCUAGAUGGGUGAUUUUGUGAUGGUCUGGGGGCGAGUGGCUUAACAGCUGUCGCGUUCUUCCAGAGAUCCUUUUGUUUCUAUCUUCAGAGGCAAGGUGCCUCAGAAUAGAAUUGGAUUCAUUUAUGAAUGCUAGAGGAAGUUAUUCUUUCCAGGUCAUGAUAUUGUGUAGUAGAAAGUCAAGAAUUUUGUAGUUGGAAAGUUACGGGUUCAAAUCCAAUGGAAUGAUGGUUAAGAAUAUUGACCAUGGAAUUGGACCACUUAAUAGUUGUGUGACCCACAUUUCUUAAAUUUUCUAUGCUUGUUUUCUCAACUGCAAAAUGGGAAUAAAAGCACCUGGCUUUAUAAGGGUGUAGUGAGGAUUGAGCUAAUUAAUGUAAAGCACUUAAAAUCAGGGCAAAAAUAAACCUUCAAACAAUGCUCUCUGUUGUUAAUACUAUGGCAUUCCAGCCGCCAAUGCUUAUGGGCAGUUUUCAGCUUCUCUGAAUCAAUCUUCUUGUCUCUGGGAGAUUAUUUUGUGGAUUAAAAUACAUAGUAUCUUCUUCUUCUUCUUCUUUUUUUUUUUGAUACUGUGGAUCGAAUAGUAUCUUAAAGCACAUAUUAGGUAACAAACAAAUGUUAAUUAUAUCCAUGCUCCAAUGUAAGCCUUACUAAGAGCAGCUUCCUUGCACCAAACUUAGUAUUAAGGAGAUUUUUACCUUGUGCCUUGGUUUGACCCUGCUCUCUAACCCUGCAGGGCUAAGCAGUGCCAGUGCACACCAUUAGGUAUCAGAGCUAACCAAAGACAUGAACAAGACAGAUAAAGAGAGAUAAAGGGAGGAAAAAUAAAGAAAGGGGGCAUAUAUGGACAAGGGAAUUUUCGCCAGUUAGUUUUUAUUUGGUCCAAGAAUGGCCUGUGUGGUCUAAAAACACCAAGAUGUAGAUCACUUUGUAUUCUGAGUAAACUAAUGCUUAUUUUUUUUUUCUUUUUUUUGUGCCGGAGAUCGAACUCGGGACCUUGUGCUUGCGAGGCAGGCGCUGGAACCACUGAGCUAAAUCCCCAGGCCAAUUCUGAGUAAACUAAAAGCUGCUUUUCUGUAGUUUUCUAAUAGUUUCUAUUAGUCUGUUCCAUUGUGUCUUUUCUAGGUUGUUAGGUGGAGCAAGAGCCACAAUGUUGUUAUGCUUAGGUUAUUUUAUUAGCUUGGUCAUUUUCUUAUUGUAUCUCUCUAGUCCUUUCCUCUGUCUUUUCAGCUGCAGUGGAAUCAUCCCAAGCCCUUCUAGGGUUCCCUUUAAUCCUUUAUCUGAUAGCUAUCCCUCCAUUUUUCCAGCUUCCCACUAGGAUCCUUGUCAUUGUCCAGGGUGUUGUGUGUAUUGCAUUCAGAGUUCCAUCACCCCCAUUACAUGUGCCGUCCGGUAGUGCCAGGAAUCUUCCCACACAAGAGCAACCAAUCAGUCUUCUUCUUGACAGGAGGAGACAUUCCUGAGGACUAUUGCAUAAGGGAAGACUUUGGGAUUGGACUUGGGGCAAUUCCCUAGUCCUACUCUUUCCUCAGUUGAUACUCUGGGCAAGGGUCCAUCUCUGGCCUGAACUGAGAUCUUAUCUCAGUUCUCAGCAUCAUCGGGAUGUCAAGCAGCUUCUUCCUUCUGAAGGCACUUGUUGCUCUUGGGUCUCUGGCAUCCUGGGUGACUGCAGGCAAGCAUGUGAAAGAAGGAGAAUGUCCUCUUGAUAAGAACCCAUGCAAAGAGCUAUGCCAAGGUGAUGAAUCAUGCCCAGCUGGGCAGAAGUGCUGCAGCACAGGCUGUGGUUGGGUCUGCCGAGGAGGCAUUCCUGAGGGGAGGAAAGGAGAUUGUCCCAGGGUUGCAGAACAAUCCUGUUUUAAAAGGUGCACCAAUGAUGAGACAUGCCCAGGUGUAAAGAAGUGCUGCACAUUUGGCUGUAAGAAGCGCUGUGUGGUCCCAGUCCCUAAUCAGAAGCUGGGAUUUGGUGGUGAAUGUCCUUCGGACCCCCUUCCAUGUGAGGAGCUGUGUGAUGGGGAUGCAUCCUGUCCCCAGGGGCAUAAAUGCUGCAGCCCUAGCUGUGGCCACACCUGCCGAGGAGACAUUAAGGGAGGACGGGGUGGUACCUGUCCAGAUGUUCUGGUGGGCCUGUGUAUUGUUGGUUGCAUGAUGGAUGAAAACUGUCAAGCUGGGGAAAAGUGCUGCAAGUCAGGCUGUGGACAUUUCUGUGUCCCACAAAUCCUGCUUCCCAAACAGACCACAAACUCCAACUGGACAAUCACUUCUGAUUCUGAAAUAGAAACCCCAGUGCCCUAGUUGCUUGACUUGUCCAGAGAUCUUUAGUGACUCCAGGAGGCUUGUCGUGGCAACCAGGAGAGGAUGAUGCCUUGGGGCUUGUAACAGUCCCUGCUGUAGCCUGGAGCAUAGGAGAUAGCUAUGCUGUGGAUGUUGGUGCUCCCUUCUCUCCUCCAAUAAAGCCUGGUGCUGACCCUUG